GAUGAAACCCAAGAACACCGGUGUAUCCGGCAUAGUUCCCUUCAGCCACAUCGUCAGUAUCAAGGACAUCAUCGUUGUCAGAGUCCCAUUCAAAUUCCGCUUCCACUACGUAGUUGUCGUCGACGAGAACACUCGCGGCGUGUAUGACGGAGGAGGCCACUCCGAUCGCAGCGUCUCGGAGUCCAGUUUGGCUGGCCUCGUGCUCCUCGGGGAGGAGAGGGAUCAGGAACAGUUCAACUCCAUCCCGUCGCGUCACCGCCGCCUCCACCACGUGACGUACGCGCCUAGGGUUCCUGAUCGCAUAUCUCUGCUCCAAACCUUCUGCCACAAGAAGCUUCUGCAAUUUUCCUGAUCGCGCUCAGCUCCCAUUCCUCCGCCCCUGCAAUUUUCGCCCAUCGAUCUACCACGCCCCUCGCGAUCUCGGCGUCCAACAACAAGGGAGGAAAUCGAUGGCGGUCGGACGGGAGCUGCCCGACGACCUCAUCGCUGACGUCGUGCGGCACCUCCCGCCGCACAGCCUGGCCGUGUCCCGGUGCGUCUGCCGGGCGUGGCGCGACCUCGUCGACGCGCGCCGGCUGCUGCGUGCGGACCUGCUCCCGCGCUCCGUGGGCGGCAUCUUCAUGAACUACCGCGCGCUCUAUUCCCCGGAAUUCUUCUCCCGCCCCACGACGGGCCCCUCGAUCUCCGGCGACCUCGGGUUCAUCCCUGGGUUCUCCACGGUCGUGGACCACUGCAACGGCCUCUUGCUUGUCACGGAGACCAGUGACGACUACGUCGCCAACCCUGCCACGCGGCGGUGGGCGCGGCUGCCCCCGCGCCCAACCUCGCAGAUGGGGGAGGCCUGUGAUCAAAUCGAAUGCCUCGUGUACGAUCCCACUGUGUCACCACACUACAAUGUUCUUGAUCCCGUCCCUCCCUAAUCAGCCCAAGUCAAAGAUAGACCCUGAGAUGAUGCAAUCUGAAUGGCCACCGUCAUCACUGCAAGUGUUUUCAUCAAUAACUGGGUGCUGGGAGGAGAGGUCCUUUGCUCUCGAAGAAGGGAGCUGGGACUUGGAGGAGAGGUUGUUUGUUUCAGAAAGAGGGCGUAUGGUACGAAUCAUUACUCACACGAAAGUUUAUUGGCGAGAAGCGCUCUAUGUGCUCUGCAAAAAUGGUUUU